AUGCGCGAUCAAUUUCGCCGCUCACCAGUCACUCGACCCGCCAUGCCUACUCCUUCCGCGAAUUCAGAUAAACAUAACAGUACCAUCCCCACCAAACCGUUUACGCCUACGCUCAGCUCAACCUUCAGACCGACUACCAAAUCCUCGCUACCAUUGACUCCUCGCCUGGCACAUCUCGGAACCAACCAAACACCAAAAAAGUCAGAAAUAUCACCCAUCCCAUCGCCACGCGAAAAUGUUGCGACUCCCGACCCUUCGUAUCUCGGAACCAAUAUAACUCCACGAUCCGGGCCCCGGACAAGUCGUAGAGAUGGCUACAUUCGAACUGAAAGGAGUCCUGUUCGCGGUUAUCCGAGGUCAGAGACAUCUAAGUCGACAGUAUCGAGGGGCCUGAAUAUUGAUGGAACGGGAUCGAGGACGUUGUCCCGCCCUACCUCCUCAUCUGAAGUACUGAAUUCGACCUCAUCAAAAUUCUUCCAUGCCGACGAAGCUCGUUCCUCUGGAUCUAAUGAAGCUGAAGCACGACCUCGUACGUACUCGAAAACAGCACAGACGCCAACAUUUUUCUAUGCCGAUGGCUCGCAUGACCAGGACAGUCACACAGACGACUCUAGUCGAGGCAUACCAACAAAGCGGCGUUCAACAGGAUCCUCUCGUCUUCCUGUAGGCCCGAAAAGCCCGGUAGUGCUCUCACCGAGACUACGGGCUGCGCAGCUAGUUGACUCCAAUUCUCGAUCAUCUGCGGAAAGCAGUCUUCAACCAAGCCCCAACAUCGAAGAGAUGUCUGGAUCCAGGCCACCAACAUCCGCUGAACAUCCCUCCCCCGGACUUACCCGGACGCCCCAAUUUCCUACACACCGGAAGUCGUGCAGUGUUGACUCUACGACGACCAUUCCCUCUCCACGUGUGGCAACUCGCCGUGUUACGUCGACAUCAUCUUCGCCCUUUCUUCCUGAGCCAUUGAGUAGUCCUUCUCCCCCAGUCUCCAAUAGCCCUCUUAUUACUUCGAACCCUCUCAUCCAACUCACCGACCACAAAGAUCAACCGUAUACUGUACCUCAAAGUCCCAUAAAACUGGAACCGAAUGCAUUUGGUGAAGAUGCUACAAACGCGCGCACAGCACGCAAGGUUCUCGACCUCGAAAUCAGCAACUCUUCUCUUUUAGCUAUCAAUCGCACGCUUGAACGUGAAUUACGGAAACAAAACGCGGAGCUGCGUAGAUAUCGGCGUCUCAGCCGAUCUGGUCGUUUAUCUAUUACGACCUCCCUGCGGUCUACCUCUGGCGGAGGACUUUCAGUCGUUAGUGAAACUGGAGAUAUCAGCGAGCUUUCUUCCACAUACUCGAAUGAUGAACUAUCGGAUGAUAGCGACCAAGAUUCUCUAGGAGACGGAACCGUUAGUCCUAACAGUUCCGCAGAACACGACUCCCAUCACCGCGUUGAUGACGAAAAGCAAUUCAUGCUCGAUCUCGCCAAACAUCAUGAAUUGCUAAUUGACAGCCAAAAGCUCAAUCAAAGCCUGAAGCGAUGCAUCGGUUGGACUGAAGAGCUCAUCAAAGAGGGCAAAAGGGCCUUGGAAUAUAACGUCCAUGUCAGCGAUGUGGAAAUUGGUGGGCGUGUCUUGGACCCAGAUGAACUCGGAGAGGAGCUCGAUCGAGGUCGUGGUCUCUUGAGCCCUGCAGCAGUAGUCCAGCAAGAUUUUGAGUUUAGCGCUCUCGACGCUAUCGAUGAUGUUCUUGAAGAAACAGCGGAUUUACAUCUCGAGUCAUAA